GGUUCUCUCAUCAUCGCGAGACCCCUGUCAUUCUUGGCGUCUUCUCGCGAGAAUCAAACGCCACUGCCCGAAUCCAGCUGGUACGGCAAAAAGAGCUCUGUAGCAGUGAGUUGAGGUCUGACCAGCCAGUCAACCAGCCAGCCAAUCACCAGCCAGUCAGUUACCAUGGGGAACAUCUUUGGCAACCUGCUGAAGAGCCUGUUAGGGAAGAAAGAGAUGAGGAUCCUGAUGGUGGGGCUGGAUGCUGCAGGGAAGACCACCAUCCUAUACAAACUGAAGCUGGGAGAGAUAGUCACCACCAUCCCCACUAUCGGGUUUAACGUGGAGACGGUUGAGUAUAAGAACAUCAGUUUCACGGUGUGGGACGUGGGUGGCCAGGACAAGAUCAGGCCUCUGUGGAGACACUACUUCCAGAACACACAGGGUCUGAUCUUCGUGGUGGACAGUAAUGAUCGUGAGCGGGUGAAUGAGGCUCGAGAGGAGCUGAUGAGGAUGCUGGCUGAGGACGAGCUACGAGACGCCGUGCUUCUUAUCUUCGCUAACAAACAGGACCUGCCCAAUGCCAUGAACGCAGCAGAGAUCACAGACAAGCUGGGGCUCCACUCCCUCCGUCACCGCAACUGGUACAUCCAGGCCACCUGCGCCACCAGCGGAGACGGUCUAUACGAGGGCCUCGACUGGCUGGCCAAUCAGCUGAAGAACAAGAAGUGAGUGGACCAAUCAGAGGAGAGUGAGGAGAAACCUUAGUGUCAGCUCUUGAAUCAAAAAGUGGUAGUUGGUUUUAGUUGUUCCAUUAAGUGAAAAAUCCUGACACGGUGGGAGUGAAAUGUGAUUGGUGUGUAGGAAUGGGACUUAGAGAGAAUAUCCCUAUUGCUUGAGGAUCCAUAUCCCCAUUCCUUGAGGACAAUUUCAGCCUGUUGUCAACUAUUACAAAUGGUUAGCGCUGUCCAGCCGCGGGCCAUCAAUGUCAAUACAUUAACCUUAAUAAUAACCUUUAAAAAGUAUUUAGCAACACCAUGUAUUUAUUUAUUUAAUUAUUAUUUAUUUCAGAAUGGACAAUGGCAAUGUUAGUUUGGUUUGGAACACUGUAUUAUGCAUGGCCAUACAGUAAAAGAUCUCUUGGAAAUGAAGUUUGAAAUGAUAUCUGUCUAAUGUUAUAUAUUUAGCCAGUCUUCUGACAGUAUUCUCUUUUUACACUAAACUUGCUACUGCUGGUUGGAGCAAUGCAGUAGUGGUAGAUAUUAAUGGAGAGUGACAUAGGUUUGUGUAAAACACGUCCAAUAUGCAAAAGCAUGCUUUUUCUAUGUCAACUGUAUAUUUACACGAUUUGCUUAACAAGUACAAACAUACAAAAUCAAAAGUUUGGACACACCUACUCAUUCAAGGGUUUUUCUUUAUUUUUUACUAUUUUCUACAUUGUAGAAUAAUAGUUUAGACAUCAAAACUAUGAAAGAACACAUGGCAUCAUGUAGUAAGCAAAAAAGUGUUAAACAUAUUUUAUAUUCUUCAAAGUAGCCACCGCCUUGAUGACAGCUUUGCACUCUCUUGACGUUCUAUCAACCAGCUUCAUGAGGUAGUCACCUGGAAUGCCUUUCAAUUAACAGGUGUUCCUUGUUAAAACUUCUUCGGGAUCGGUGUCCCGUCCAAGAGGACGGUUGAGCUAACGUAGGCUAAUGCGAUUAGCAUGAGGUUGUAAUUAACAAGAACAUUUCCCAGGACAUAGACAUAUCUGAUAUUGUCAGAAAGCUUAAAAUCUUGUUAAUCUAACUGUGCUGUUCAAUUUACAGUAGCUAUUACAGUGAAAGUAUACCAUGUUAUUGUUUGAGGAGAGUGCACAAUUUUGAACAUGGAAAGUUAUUAAUAAACAUUUUAGGCACAUUUGGGCAGUCUUGAUACAACAUUUUGAACAGAAAUGCAAUGGUUUAUUGGAUCAGUCUAAAACUUUGCACAUUCACUGCUGCCACCUAGUGGCCAAAACCUAAAUUGCACAUUGGCUGGAAUAAUACAUUAUGGCCUUUCUCUUGCAUAAAAAAGAUGAUGGUACAAAAAAAAUACAAAACAACGGUUGUUUUUUUCUUUGUAUUAUCUUUUACCAGAUAUAUUGUGUUAUAUUCUCCUACAUUCCUUUCACAUUUACACAAACUUCAAAGUGUUUCCUUUCAAAUGGUACCAAGAAUAUGCAUGUCCUUGCUUCAAGGAUAUUAUUUUUUACUAUUUUCUACAUUGUAGAAUAAUAUUGAAGACAUCAAAACUAUGAAAUAACACUUAUGGAAUCAUGUAGUAAAAAAAGUGUUAAACAAAUCAAAAUAUAUUUUAGAUUAUAGAUUCUUCAAAGUAGCCACCCUUUGCCUUGAUGACAGCUUUGCACACUCUUGGCAUUCUUUCAACCAGCUUCACCUGGAAUGCUUUUCCAACAGUCUUGAAGGAGUUCCCACAUAUGCUGAGGACUUGUUGGCUGCUUUGCCUUCACUCUGCGGUCCAACUCAUCCCAAACCAUCUCAAUUGGGUUGAGGUUGGGUGAUUGUGGAGGCCAGGUCAUCUGACGCAGCACUCCAUCACUCUACUUCUUGUUCAAAUAGCCCUUAUACAGCCUAGAGGUGUGUUUUAAGUAAUUGUCCUGUUGGAAAAUAAAUAAUAGUCCCACUAAACGCAAUCCAGAUGGGAUGGCGUAUCGCUGCAGAAUGCUGUGGUAGCCAUGCUGGUAAAGUGUGCCUUGAUUUCUAAAUAAUUGACUGACAGUGUCACCAGUCAAAGCACCCCCACACCAUCACACCUCCUCCUCCAUGCUUCAUGGUGGGAACCACACAUGCAGAGAUCCUCCGUUCACCUACUCUGCAUCUGUCAAAGAGACGGCGGUUGGAACCAAAAAUCUCACAUUUGGACUCAUCAGACCAAAGAUCAUAUUUCCACCGGUCUAAUGUCCAUUGCGCAAUGUUUCUUGGCCCAAGCAAGUCUCUUCUUCUUAUUGGUGUCCUUUAGUAGUGGUUUAUUUGCAGCAAUUCAACCAUGAAGGCCUGAUUGACACAGUCUCCUCUGAGCAGUUGAUAUUGAGAUGUGUCUGUUAUUUGAACUCUGUGGAGCAUUUAUUUGGGCUGGAAUCUGAGGUGCAGUUAAUUCUAAUGAACUUAUCCUCUGCAGCAGAGGUAACUCUGGCUCUUCCUUUCCUGUGACGGUCCUCAUGAGAGCCAGUUUCAUUGACUGACCUUCAUGUCUUAAAGUAAUGAUGGACUGUAGUUUCUCUUUGCUUAUUUGAGCUGUUCUUGCCAUAAUAUGGACUUGGUCUUUUACCAAAUAGCACUAUAUUCUGUAUACCACCCCUACCUUGUCACAAAACAACUGAUUGACUGAAACGCAUUAAGAAUUAAAUAAAUUCCACAAAUUAACUUUUAACAAGGCACACCUGUUAAUUGAAAUGCAUUCCAGGUGACUACCUCAUGUAGCUGGUUGAGAGAAUGCCAAGAGUGUGCAAAGCUGUCAUCAAGGCAAAGGCUGGCUACUUUGAAGAAUCUCAAAUAUAAAAUAUAUUUAGAUUUGUUUAAUACUUUUUUGGUUACUACAUGAUUCCAUAUGUGUUAUUUCAUAUUUUUUUAAUGUCUUCACUCAUAUUCUACAAUGUAUAAAUUAGUAAAAAAUAAAGAAAAAACGUUGAAUGAGUAGGUGUGUCCAAACCUUUGACUGGUACUGCAUACCUGUAAGAAUAUAUGUGAAAUAUACCUGAAAGUAAUCAUUGUGGUUGAUAUGUUCAAUAGUAGAUAUCAGGAUUCGUGUAUGGACUGAUUUGUAUAGAUGUAUGACUAUAACAUUACAGCUUGUGUAUUACCUUUCCUACAUUGAGAUUGGUUUGGUGCGACAAUUGUUUUUGUGGCCUUAUACAGUAUCACUAGUGUUGAAACCCCUUUUACCCCGAUGAUGGUUUGUGUUUGGGACCACAGUUGUUACUAAAUGUAUCACUUCAUUUCCAUCCUUUAACUCAGUUGAGUCUGUGCGAGAUUUUUUUUUUUAAAGUAAUGUUAUAUUACUGUAACAAUGCAAUUACUUAAUAUUCCAAUUAAUAAUGUUUGUUAAAAAGCAUUGAAACAAGGUUCAGUAUUUUAUGUUAAUACUCAAAAAUGGAUUGAUGAUUGGAUCCUAGUCAUGAGUACUUAUGUAUUGGUGAGGAUGUGUCCGGUGAUAUCAGUUUGCCUGUUAACUGCUCUGGUAGAUCAAUACAAAUGCCAACAUUCAACUUGUGUUUCUUGGAAACAUUUCGAUUCCACGUCUUCAAAUCGAGUUAGGACUUUUUUUGAGUUUUGGGGUGUUUGAAAGAUUUUCACAGCAUGGCCGCAAUUCUGUUCUGUGAUUCAGAGGUCCCUAUUCGUCCCAGCCCUCUCAUACCACCAGCCCAUGUCCGGUCCCUGCAACAGCCCUGUGUUUCGAGCCCACUCCCCCCCAGCUCCAGCACUGGCCCCCUAACAAGCCUCCGUCCCAAUCCACCCCCCACAACCGCCCUCAGCUCCAGUGCUGUGCCCCCCCCCACCCCCUUUCCCCUCCAUCUCCAGUGCUGUGUCUCCAGGGGUGUGACAGCAGUAUGUGGGUCAGAGAGAGCUGCCCCCUGGGCUCCUGGGCCCCUGGGCCCCCUGCAGGCCAGCCACAAUAGCGGCCCCAGGGCGGGUGCCAUAGCUGGGAUUUUCUUCCGUAACCGGGACACCCCUCGCCCAGGGCACAGACACACUGGCAGCAGCCCCACAAUCAAUUCAUCAAUCUGUUGAAGGGAAUGGCGACCAGCCGGGAUGUGAAGGCCAUGCAGAGUACUGGGGACUGGAGCAUCAACCUGCCUCCACACACAGCCUGGCCUCGGACUGACAGACAGACAGAAAGGCGGACAGGCUAGGGCCACACGGGAUAAUGAUGAUACUCUGGUGAAGAAUCUGACAAGGUCUGGUGACAGAAGCUUGGGCAAUCAUGGAGCCAUCAUAGUAGUCUGUCAUGGAGCCAUCCCACUCAUAGUAGUCUGUCUAUAAGAAUAGUCUGUAGUCUGUAGAUAGAACCUCAGAUGACAGAUUCAGGACUGGCUGACACCUUUCUACUUUUUUUUUUUUACAGUAACAGAAGGCUGUUCUUUCCAUUUCCCUUACAUCUAUCUGCUACUAAAAAUAUUCAAAGUUAAGAGUUGAUCCUUGGAGUUGAAAAGUCAGGAAUAUUCUGUAAUAAACUCAGUGAUAAAAACUCUGAA